AUGGCACUCAAGAGUAUCCUUAAGAACAGCGAAGCUGGACCAAGCAAGCCCAAGGCCGGGGCUAAGGCUAGCAUGCGCGCCCGCGUCGCCAAGGAGGACGCGUCAUCCAAGCCCAAGUCGGCUCCCAAGCCAGCGAAGGGGAAGGGUGUGCGUGUCCAGGAGCCCGAGAUGCCCGAAGACUCGGACGACAACGAUUUUGGCGAUGAGCUGGACACGGACGAGGAGAUUGAACGUGCCCAGGCUCCCGGGGAGAAGAAGGCGCCCAAGAAGAAGCGCGUGACGACGGCUUCCGAUUUCGGCGCGGCCCUCACGGGUCUCCUCACUGAAUCUGCGCGUCCCAAGAAACGCAAGGGUGUUGAGGUCGAGGAGGUGGAUGAUGAGAGGAAGAAGAAGAAGACCGCCGCACCAAUCCUCGCACUCAGCGCCAAGCCCCUUCCACCCAGUGUGGCUGAGGGCCGGCUGGAGCGCCGAGCCGCGCGCGCACUCAAGGCUGAGCGUGAGGAGAGGUUGGACCGCGCGCGGAUCCGUAACGUCCUGGAGGGAUGGGUGCCGGCCCAGGGGGCUGCUGUUGGGAGUCAGGAGUUUGAGCGUGGUCUGCGUAAGACUGCGCAGCGGGGUGUGAUCAAGCUGUUUAAUGCCAUUCUCGUCGCGUCCAAGAAUGCCGAGGCGCAGGCGACGACGCUCGCGCAGAAGGCGGGUGUUAAGCCGGAGGCGGCCAAGAACAGGAAGGAGAGAGAUAACAUUCUCGGUCGUGGGGCACAGGAGACGCUCACGAAGGAGGGCUUCCUCGACCUCGUGCGGCGUGGCGGCAAGUAA